CGCCUUCCCUCCGCCUUGGGUGGGGCGGGGACUGGUUAUUACUAAGGCGGCUGCCUCCAGCCCCUCCCAUGCAGAACCUCUUGGGAACCGGACCGGCAGGGCUCGACGUGACCUGCCACGACCCGCUUCCUCCCUUCGUGAGCUGCUGCAGCCACGCUGGCCUCCUGCUGUUCUUCCUACACUGAGACCUGUUUCUGGCACUGGGCAGGCUGAUCUGAGGAAGCGGCAGCCUCUGCCCCAGGGCAGACGUCACCAUGGCCUUCCUGACACACCUGCUGGUCUGCACCUUCGGGAUGGGCUCCUGGGUGGCCAUCAACGGGCUCUGGGUAGAGCUGCCCCUGCUGGUGACAGAGCUCCCCGAAGGCUGGUACCUGCCCUCCUACCUCACAGUGGUCAUCCAGCUGGCCAACAUCGGCCCCCUGCUCAUCACCCUACUUCAUCACUUCCGGCCUGGCUGCCUUUCUGAAGUGCCCAUCAUCUUCACCGUGCUGGGGGUGGGCACCGUCGCCUGCACGCUCUUCGCCUUCCUCUGGAAUGUCACCUCCUGGGUGCUGGGCGGCCACCACAGCAUCGCCUUCCUGGUCCUCACCUUCUUCCUGGCCCUGGUGGACUGCACCUCCUCCGUCACCUUCCUGCCCUUCAUGAGCAGGCUGCCCACCCACUACCUCACCACCUUCUUUGUGGGUGAAGGACUCAGUGGCCUCCUGCCUGCCCUGGUGGCUCUUGCCCAGGGCUCGGGUCUCACCACCUGUGUCAACGUCACCGAGACAUCAGGCACCACCCAGAACCCUGAGACCACCAGGGCUAUGGACACCUCACAGGGAGCUGGCAGCACUCUGGUCUCUGAGCUCGCUGGAACGGCAGCCCAAGUGGUCCAUCUGGAAAGCCGCUACCUCCCUGCCCACUUCUCGCCCUUGGUCUUCUUCCUCCUGCUCUCCUUCAUGAUGGCCUGCUGCCUCGUCGCCUUCUUCUUCCUCCAGCACCAACACAAGCACUGGGAAGCCUCCACGGAAGACCUCCUCGCCUCUCAGAUCACGCUACAGCCCAUCCGGCCACACAAAGAGAAGGACCUGGGCCCCCCAGGCCCCGAGGACAGCGGCAAGGGCCAGGAGCCUCCAGAGGAGAAGACAGCCCCCUGCCACCCGGCCCGCCUGACCUUCAUCUACCUCCUGGUGGCCUUUGUGAACGCGCUCACCAACGGCGUGCUCCCCUCCGUGCAGACCUACUCCUGCCUGUCCUACGGGCCGGUGGCCUACCACCUGUCCGCCACCCUCAGCUCCAUGGCCAACCCUCUCGCCUGCUUCCUCUCCAUGUUUCUGCCUAACAGGUCUCUGCCGUUCCUGGGGGUCCUUGCAGUGCUCGGGACCGGCUUUGGGGCCUACAACAUGGCCAUGGCCGUGAUGAGCCCCUGUCCCCUCAUGCAGGGCCACUGGGGUGGAGAAGUCCUCAUUGUGGUUUCGUGGGUGCUGUUCAUUGGUUGCCUGAGCUACGUCAAGGUGAUGCUGGGCGUGAUCCUGCGCGACCUUAGCCGCAGCGCCCUCUUGUGGUGCGGUGCAGCAGUGCAACUGGGCUCCCUCCUCGGAGCGGUGGUCAUGUUCCCACUGGUCAAUGUGUUCAGGCUCUUCUCCUCCGCUGAUUUCUGCAGCCUGCAGUGCUCAGCCUAGGCCAACUGAAGGGGCGUAGUCCACCCCAGGGCCCCGUCCCCAUGACCAACACCUGGAAACUGGGACCCUUCGAGGUAAGGCCAGUGCCUAAAGUCACAGAGCCAGUGGUAGGGAGCUGGGAGGCAGAGCCGAGUAUGUGAAGCAACAACACAAACUCCCCUCCGAACGGUGGGAAAUGCUACGGGCCUCCCACGAGACCUGGAAAUGCAAAGCACAGCCCACCCCAACUCUGUCACAGCGCCUGCAGCUCCAGCAUCUCAGGACUCCUUUCGGCUCUUGAGAGUGGACUACACUGAGCAUCCAGUAGAACCGCUGGGAGGGUACGCUGGCCCUUACUAGCUAUGUGACCUUAGGGAAGUCACCUGAUUUCUCUGUGCUUCUGCUUCUUCCUCCAAAAAUGCGGGUUAUAAUAAACAGCAUCUACUUCGUAGGUUUGGCACAAGGAUAAAAGGGAGAAGCACCCAGCAGGUAGUAAGUUCUCUUGGGCCAUUUCCUGAUUUGAUGCCCAGCAGUAAUAACAGGAGUGACUGUCAAUACAGCCUAGAAGUGGCCAGAGGGCUCGAAGGAUGAUCCCUUCCCAUAUCCUUCCCCACCCCCAUCCUCACAGAGAAGCUUCUAGAAGACAGAUGGCUUAUGCUGGAAUCUCGAGCAUCUUGGCUUCCCAAUUCUUACUAUGGAGGAACGCUGUACCGCACACACCCCUUCCUGUAACCCCUGCUGACCCAGGAAGACCUGCUCCUUGGAGAGUAAGUGAGCUCCCAAGAGGGAGAGAGAGGAUUGAGGGGGAGGAACCACACCAAGCCUCUGAACACAUGUCUUCCCCCCCCACCUCCACUGGGUCAGGUUGAGCCACAGUGAACCCUGAGGACCCUGGGAGGCAGCCGUCUGAACUGCAGGCAGGAGGAGCGUGGGGAGGAGUUAGCAGCAUUAGUUACGUGAUAGUUUUUUGGUUUUAUGUUUUGCUUUUCUUUUUAUAAAUAAAGACACUCCCUGCUUUGACACUAAGAGCAUCUGUCCAAGAAAAGGUCCAACAUGAACACCCAAAAUUAUACCAAUAUGAUCAGUUUUCAGUUGGUUAUGAGCUCAGAAAUAGACAGAAGCAAGGACCUAGAGAAUAUCUGGUCCUAGGACUUCUCUUCUUUAGUGGUUUUUUGGUCAGCUUGCUACCACCCCUCCGUUUAGUUUAUCUUGAGUAGUCAUAGGUGGAGUUCCUGUUGUGGCUCAGCAGUAACGAACCCAUGAGGACAUGCCUUUGAUCCCUGGCCUCAAACAGUGGGUUAAGGAUCUGGCAUUGUUCUGAGUUGCAGUAUAGGUCACAGAUGCGGCUCAGAUCCAGUGUUGCUGUGGCUGUGGUGUAGGCUGGCAGCUGCACCUCCGAUUCAACCCAUAGCCUGGGAAGUUCCAUACACUGCGGGUGCAGCCCUAAAAAUACACUAUGUGUGUAUGUGUGUGUGUGUAUAUAUAUAUGUAUAUAUUCACUUGUUACAAAAAUCAGAAAAUAUUAAAUGAUGUUCAGCAAAAAAAUUCUAUUCCUCUCCAUUCCCCUCUCUGCCCAGUUCCUCUUAACAUGAGUGUGAGCACUUUUAUUAGUUCCUUGUUUCCUCUUCUAGAAAUUAUGCAAAUAUAAGCAAAUUCAAAUAUAGUCUUUUUACAUAAAAAGCUGUAAACUACUGUGUAUUUUGCACUUUCCCUCAACAGAAAAUGCAGACAGCCUCUUUGUCAUGACUGCAUAGUAUUCCACUGUGUGGACGUGCCAGGUCUGUUCAACCAGCCCUCUGUAGAAAGGCAUUUGAAGGUGUUGGAGACAAAACGAAAAACGAAAUCUCCAACCGGUUCCAAAAACCUCUCCACAAAAGUAGAAGAGAAAGAAAACUGUUUUAUCAUUGAAUAUAUGUUCAACCCAAUGGUCGUCCACAUGACAAACAGCCUGCUAAAGAGAUUGCACAGGCAGAAAGAAACCCCACUCUUGUAUACGGUCUGGCAGACACAACCAAUUACAUCCAGGUUCUCUAGUGAUAACUUGUCCUCAAGUAAGAGAACUAAAUAGCACCACUGGUCAUCCUGAGCUCCCCUGGUGACCGGGGUGGCUCUCUGUGUUAGCUAAUUAUCCUUAUCUCCAAGAAAAGGAACUCUUAUCUUUAUGAGUGGAGGUGGUUUGACAAGUUGGGGCCAAACCCUGAAGUUAAGCUCCUACCCUCCCACGGAGACUGGCUGGUAGAGGCACUGGCUUCCUGAUCUUUACAUUGUAAACAGAGGACUCCCAUGUCCUUGAGAAAAACAUCUCUGGGUGGCAAAACUGGCAAGAGGCUUUUCAGCUUUUUCGAGUCGAAUUUGUAUUUUUUUUAAAUACAUGCCAAAGGAGCAGAGAAAGAAUGUACACGCUUCCUAAAGUAAAGGCUCUAAGAAAAGACAGUGGGGAUGUCGCCUCCACUUCCUGGCACGGGGAAGAAAUGUUUUUCUUUGUAUUUGCCCUCACAAGGGCAUUCGGGUUGUUUCGAACCAUUCUUUCCCAGAAAAGAUAUUGGAGUGGAUGAUGAGCAAAAGCCCGGCUCUCUGUACUGACAUGGGAAGAUGCUCCAAGAUUAAUUACACACGCAUGCGGGAAGCAGAUGCUGAAGCGUGUGCAGAGCGAGGUGCUAGCCUCGCUAUUACGUUCCGCCAAGGACUAGGUGGGAGGGCGGCUGACCAGGUAUUUGGAAAAGGCACCUCCAUAUGACAGCCCUCCCUGGGGUUUGGCUUUCACCCACCUCCUUGAAAGUCUUUAUGAACUUGACAACGUUUUCGUCACAGAGCACGAGUUAGCUCUCUGCGGGCUCCUCCUCUGUACAAAGGGGCCACUAAAAGCCCCUCCCUUUCAGGGUUGUGGUGAGGAUUAAUUAGCGACAAUUAUUGAUUGCUCAAUAAUCAUUUAGGGCUCCAUAGUUGUCCCUAAAAAGCUUCUCCUUUAGGAGUUCCCAUUGUGGCUCAGCGGGUUAGGAACCCAACAUUGUGUCCAUGAGGAUACGGGUUCAAUCCCUGGCCUCGCUCAGUGGGUUAAGAAUCCAACGUUGCCCAAGCUGUGGCAUAGGUCACAGACACGGUUCUGAUUGCAUGGGGCUGUGGCUGUGGUGUCGGCCGGCAGCUGCAGCUCCAAUUCAAACCCUCACCCAGGCACUUCCACAUGCCUCAUGUGUGGCUAUAAAAAGAAAAAAGGAAAAGCUUCCAUUUUUGACAAUAUCUGCUAGGGACUCUUCCACUCCACUCUCACCCCCGCCACCACCACUCCCUAAACUAAAGUCCGGUUAUGAGUCUGACCCAAGUCACAUGACACCUCUCUUAUCCAGCCAAUAAUUCUCCCUGAAGAGUGUGAUGAGGACGCUGGACCCUGCCUGGGGCUGGCAGCAGGUGGGCAUCCCUGAGGAUGCCCUCCCCCCCACUCCCAAGAUGGUAUCUCAAGGUGAUUGGAGGGGAGGAGGUAAAGCAAGAAGGAAGGGGCCUUCCAGGCAGCAGAGACGUCACUUGCAGAAGCUUUGGGGUGGGAGGCGGCAGGCUGCAUGCAAGCCUCUGAAAGGAAGCCAAGGCAGGUAGACCGGAGGCAGGUGCACAGUCGGCGGCCUUGGAGGCCAAGGUUGGAAAGGGGUGGGGGGUUGUGCUGGCUGGUGUGGCUUUUGUGGGGGGACCACAGGAGAUACAGAUAGGCUUGAAAACUACUGCAGCCAGCCUGGGCAGAAAGGGCCCUGCUCUGGAUAAGCCGUGCAGAAGCCAGCUUAUCACAGAGAUUGAAAUAUGCAGUUUGUCCUUUUUUGGUCUCCUAAGAAAUUUUUCUGGAAGUCAAAGACUGAUGGAGCAAAGGGACACUAUAGAAAAAGGACAAAGGACUCUUCUUCCACCCCAGGCUGAGGGGAUCUGAGUAUGGAGAGGGGGUGGAGUCUCAGCACCAAGGGACCAGAACAAGAGGAGCUGUUCUGGUUUGAAGUGUUGGAUGUCAAGGCCCCUUCAAGGAGACAGAACUCAAAGCCUGUGGCCAAGGCAAGACUUACCGGACCCUUAGCAUCGCCCCACCCAUCUCCACCCCUUUGAGCAACCUGGUCUAUUCCUUCCUACUCCCUACUAGGAAAGGUUAUGUGGCCCAAUCGUCACCCUACCCCCAAGGGCAAUAUAUGCCCCCAACUAACCAGCGAUUGUACUGAAAGACUCCUCUUUCCCCAACCAAUCAGCAGGUCAGCAGGUCGCCUCGCUCCCCGACUAUAAAAAGAGACAUGACCACGGGUGUCAGCUCUCCCUGCUCAUCAGGAAGUCCAUUAGGAAGUUGCCCUGCUGCGCUUGCAGCAUCUCUCAUCUCAAUAAACUCAAUAAACGUGUCUUUUCUCCGCCUU